AUGGCUGUUCCUAAUGAAGCAGAAGUAAAAUCCAAAAGUGAUAAAUUUGAUGUGCAAGUACGGAUAACGUCUGAAGACAACCUCAUUGUUAAAAACACUGAACGUUUUAGGGGCAAAGAUGCUCUCAAUUUGGAUGUUGAUGAUUUGAGCCUGAGGUCCCUUUCGGAAGGUGACAAUUCGGUAUUCUCCGAAGGCGACAACUCGCCGUUGCAGGGGGGCGGCGGCCCCACCGAGACAGACAAUGCAAGCGGCAACGAAUCCGAAGUGGACGACAUCGAGCUCAUAUUCACGACGGACGAGUCGAGGGACAUGAGCAAUUUGCAGGAGGAUCUGGUGUCCAUCAGGGAGACGGAGCAAUGGGCCCCGAGCUCCGCGUCCACCGUCAACUCCACGCCGGUCCUGAUCAAGUUCCACACCCUCGAUCCGGACUUCCAGCCGGGUGAGGGCGCGGCCGGACACGGGAGCGGCCGUCUUAGGGCUGGCAACACGGGCCUGAAGCAGAAGCGGGUCUCGCUGCCGAACGACAGGGAGAUGAGGCAUGUGGCCUUCAAGGGCAAAAGCCUGGACCUCCCCGGCAGGGGCAUACUGAGGAGCUGCGACAACAGGUCCGACAACGCUCUGUACAGAAAGAGCCCCCACGCCAGCGCGGCGUGCCUGGACAGCGUGGACAGCCUGCCCUCCGUGUACCACAGGGGCCUGAGCCUCGACAGGACCAAGUCCUCGAGCUUCGAGCUGGACUCGAGCAUGGACGUCCUGCACAGAGGCGAGAGUGUGGACAGCGUGCACAGGCCCGGCCGCCCGGGGCACAGGUACUCGGUGUACGUGGAGACGGACAUUUCCAAGUGCGGGAUAUCGGAGGACGACCUGACGAGUAACUUCGCCAACCGGCGCAACACCUGCCCCAAUGCCUUUCAGUACAGGCCGCUGCCCUACCGCGGGGCGGAACGUACUGGCAGGGCUACGGGUAUGGGGAGCCCCGGCUUGGUCUCGUCUCGGCGGCCGGUGCUCCGCGAGGGCGGAGCGCCCAGACGCGAGAGCGCCGCCCAGACCGACAUGUCCGCCCUCCCGCCCAGAUGGACCUCUGACGGCUACCUCGCCCACAAGGGCUCGUCGCUGAACAUGCACCGCCUGGCCGCGGUGUCGUACCGCCCUUCGCCGUGCCGCCGCCUCGCCGUGCCCGAGGCGCGGCCCCAGACGGCGCUCAGGAUCGGCGAGGCGCGCCGCGCCCUGCUCAGCGACAUCGGUUUCACGUCAAUGGUGCCGGAGCUAUCGCGUUCGGAAGAGCCGCUGUGGAAUCUGCGCAAGGCAGCUGCACCCGACUCACCUAUACCACGGUGGAUUUCCCCCUCGAUGUUCCAAUCGCCGUGUCACAGCAUCGAAAGGAGCAACGAGUGGACACCCCAAGAUGUGUAUGUUCCGCAGUGGAAUUACAAUCAAAUUCAGCCGACAAAAGCGGGAAUCGGCAGGCGGCCUUGGCGCGGCUCCUUGCCGGACGUGCGACAUGAAGACAUGGACCAGCUUCUCUACGAAGUAGACUUCAUCCAGAACCGUUCCAUUGAAAACCUCGCCUACGGCUGUACGGAACCCGAUAGAGAGUGCCCCGGGCAGCCAUACGUGCCCGCCGAGGCGCGCCAGCUGCGGCUGGGCCAUGCGGUCAAGCUCAUCACCCCCCGGGGGUGCAUCGCCGUGGGGAGGGUGAGGUACGUGGGCAUAGCGGGCGGCAGCGCGGCCAACAGCGGCGUGGUGGUCGGCGCGGAGUUCCCGCUCGCCGAGUACCCCGCGAUGGCGCGCAACGACGGCACCUACCGCGGCCGGAGGUACUUCCUGGCGACGGCCAACCACGCCGCCCUGUUCGUGCCCUUCUCCAAGGUCGUGAUGGCCUGGGCGAAC